AUGGAGCGUCCGUGGCGUCAACGCAUGGCUGACGCGGCACGUUUACGCAAUGCACACGGUGACGAGAUUGGUGGUGCAAUACAGGCCACGUUAGCUGCGUCGAGAAGACGUCGAAGCAGUAUUUCAAGCCAAAAUCGUGCCAGCAUUAAUAGCAGUGGUGAUGAACUGCACAACUCACUAAAGGCAUUGAAGAAUUAUAUGGAUGAUCGAACUACGGUUGAUUCUUUAUUGUUUUAA